CAAAGCUCCGUUCAGCCUUGAGCUAUUUUCCUGUGCUUGUGGAUCACAGCUUUGUACUCAAUUCGUUGGCUUUCUCACCUGCUGCCAUGAGAAUCUUUGCACUGACAUGCUCUUAGUAUACAAGGAAAUCUUGAAGAUUGCACGUCACCGCCGUAUCCUGCUCGUGGUGAGCGAUGCAGGCAAUGCAGGGUGGUCGGACAUUGAGAAGGCUUGAGCAGUAAUGACAGCUUGAGGUAGCAGCAUCCGGAUAUUAGCAUGUUCACGUUACAGCACUCGAGCGAGCUUGCACAGCGUAAUCAAACAUGUCAGCUUCGGUCUUCAGUCUCGGUGGACCACAAUCAUACAUGGGCCCCAGUAUGUAAGAUUAUAUUCAAUCUGUCUGCCUCAAACCGACGACGACAUGUGCAGUCUCUGUGCAGGAUUGCACGCAUCUUUCGAGUCCACCCACGAAAGUAGUGGCGGGCCGCUUAGCCACAGGAGGUUUGAAAUGUGAAAUUGGUACAUUUGUGCAACGAGCAGAACCUCUUUUGGUCGGGAUGGGUUGGGCGACGGGCGAGGGCCGACGUCACUACCCAAAGUGCGUGUUUCAAGUGGCCAGAGUCGCAGCAAGAUGAUUCUUGAUACCUUACGUGCGCCCGGUCUGCCACACUUUGUUCCUGACGACGGUCACUGGCUUCAAGUUGAAAGUUGAGGCUGCUAAUACGCGCACCGAUGAAUAAAGCCUGGGUCCUUCACUGCGUCUGAAAAAGAGUUGCUCCUCACG